ACUGUUGGAUAACUAUUAGUAUUGGUCAAUAUUUUGUAUCGAUGAUAUACCGAUGAUCUUUGCCACCAAGACUCCAAAGAAGCCUUCAAUGUGAUCGGGCUUUUAGUCGAAUCGUGGAUUCUUAAGUGAAUUAAUCGUACACAUUUGGAUAAAAUCAAUUCGAUCGAGAAAAGUUUUCCUUUAUACCGUAUAAAAUUUAAGAUUAAUCCUACGUUCGAUGAGAUUUCAAAAUAUAAAAGUUUCCUCGAGACGUGGAAGAAACGAAAGUGAAAUUAAACGAGUAGUUGCGGUUUCGUGGAAAUGUAGCUAUGACAUACCAAGCAACUCGAGUACAAAGGAGCAGUGAUCGAUCUUUCAUGGAUUCCGAUUUAUUGCCUGUGGAAAGUAAUCGAUACGUAGCUUACAAAAUCUUCAAUGCAUCAAUAAAAGGAAAAAAUCUGAAAUCAUUACACUUUAGAGACGGUCUAUUCAAAAACGGACAUUCCUUUUGGAAGUGGAAAAAUCGUGUUAGAAAUAACAGGGAACAAUUAUUAUGGCACUCGAUUUUGCCGCUGGAUGUUUGGGAGGGUGCGCCGGUAUUAUGGUGGGAUAUCCUUUGGAUACGGUCAAGGUCCAUAUGCAAACGCAAGAUUAUCGAAAUCCAAAAUACAAAGGCACAUUUCAUUGCCUUAGAACAUUGAUCACGAAGGAAUCGGUAUUUGGUCUUUAUCGAGGCAUGACGUCACCAAUGGCAGGAGUAGCCGUCGUCAAUGCAAUAGUAUUCGGUGUUUACGGACAGGCACAAAAACACAUGCCUGAUAAGGAUCGUCUUUCAUAUCAUUUUUGGGCUGGUGCAACGGCUGGUAUUGCGCAAUCACCUAUUAGCAGUCCAAUAGAGUUAGCAAAGACCCGUAUGCAAUUACAAUCAUCGACGAAUAGAAAAUAUUCAGGACCGGUGGAAUGUUUAAAAGAUAUUUAUAAAAGGGAAGGAUUUCGUGGUGUAUUCAAUGGAUUGGGUAUAACAUUUUUACGUGAGGCACCAAGCUUCGGUGUUUAUUUUUUAACGUAUGAAAUACUUACGCAAUCGAAGGAACCAAUAUCAACGCCACGAAUGUUAUUAGCCGGUGGAUUAGCUGGAACAGCCUCAUGGUUAAUAUCAUAUCCUUUGGAUGUAAUCAAAUCACGAAUACAAGCGGAAAGUAGUAAACGUUAUAACGGUGCCCUUGAUUGUUAUCGACAAUCCAUACGUUCUGAAGGUUAUAUGUGUCUCUAUAGAGGCUUGAACUCAACGAUAAUACGUGCAUUUCCUACUAACGCGAUGACCUUCGCCGUGGUAACUUGGACUUUUAGAAUUUUUGGAGAGAAAAAUAUUGAAACGUCGAACACCGAAAAAGUCCGAUCGACAUACGAAUCCUUCGUUGGUAGUUGGAUUACCUUUUUGGAGAAUGCUAAUUUCUUAGGUGAAACCUCAUAUCCAACUGUAACGAUUAUGGCCACCGGUUGGAUGCUCCGUGACGUAUUUCUCGCUUAUCAUCACGAUGGUUCGAGAAUAUUUUCCUCGAAAUUCGAUACGUUCGAUCAACGAUCACGUGAUACCCACGAAAUUCCGAAAAUUCAAAUGAGCCAUAAGGACGAUUCCGAAAAUAUUAGAAUGGAAUUUAUCGACGGUAACUAUCUUACCAUAGACAAUAAUUGGAAAUUGCAAUGUCCGAUAAAUGCAUCAACGUCGAACGAUGAACACAAUAAUAUUGUCACGAUUGAACCCACUUAAUUAUCGUAUAUGAUGAAGACGUGCGAUCAUUGUGACGAUAUUACGAUUUAGAAAUUAUUAUUAUUAUUAUAUUUCAUAAUAUAAAGUACAAAAGGAUGUUCACGUUGUUUAACGAGAACUUCGAUAUAUAUAUAUAUAUAUAUAUAUAUAUAUAUAUCGUUAUUGUAAAAUAUAAUUUUAGUUGUUUAACGUUAUUUAGUUCUGAUACGGAUAAAUCUAUAUUGUAUAUAACCGAUGUUUAUAAUGAUUGUAUAAACGGCGUGAUCGUCGUUAAUUUAAAUUGUUCAAUCAAAAUUAUCAUAUGUAUGUACGUA